UGGAAGGUUGCUUUCUUUGCAUUUUCCCCAAACAAACCCAACUUUCUUGCAGCUACCCUGCCUUCUCCCUCAUCCUACAUCUGCUCAUUACUUCUCUUUUCUUAACAACGUACGCCCUACCUCUGUAUACAUAUAUAUAUACUUACCGCACUUUAAUUUCCUUCCCUGUGCGGCUCUCUGUACACGCACGCACGCACUCACUGUCUUCUUCUUUCUUUCUCUCUCUCUAUAUAUAUGUCUAUGGAUGUAUACAUGUAAUAAAUAAUCCACCCACCCUUUACUUUCUCGUCUGCAUAGAUGGAUAUGCAUAGUGCAGGGAUUAAAAUGAACAGCAAAGUGGAAGAGAAGUUCUCAGAUUUCUACAGGAAAUGGAUGGGCCAACUUGAAGAUUUUCUUCAGCUGCUGCUUGUGGUGUCGAGAGAGCAUUCUCAUUCUCAGGCGGCCGAGGAUAUGGUUAAUAAGCUCACCGCCCACCACAAGCAGUACUACACAUUCAAAUGGGCUGCCGCCCAUGAAGAUGUCUUGGCCUUCUUCACCCCUGUUUGGUUGAGCCGUCUUGAGAAUGCCCAUCUCUGGGUCACUGGCUGGAAGCCCUCGCUCGUUUUUCGGCUUGUGGAGUCGGCUGCCAUGACGGAGGAGCAGGUGAAGAAGAUUGAGGCUUUGAGAGUGAAGAUCAAGAUGGAGGAAGAGAGGGUGGAGAGGGAGAUGGAGAGGCAGCAGGUGGCCGUGGCGGAUAGGAAAAUGGUAGAGCUGGUGAGGCAGGAGCAGUUGGCGGAGAAGAACGGUGGAGCGGCGGAGGUGAGCGGGUUGGUGGAGGUGGCGGUCAGAGGGAUGUUGGCUGGGUUGGAGAGAGUGAUGAAAAUGGCGGACUGUGUGAGGCUGAAGACGUUGAAAGGAAUGCUGGAUGUGUUGACUCCCAUACAGUGCGUGGACUUGUUAGCUGCUAAGUCAAUGCUCCAAAUCCAGAUGAGGAAAAUGGGGGAAAAGAGAGAUAAAUCGUUGUUGUUGUUAUGAUAACAAAAUUUUCAGAGGAGAAAAUCAUACCUUUUAAUUAGUUUUAGGCUGUGCGUGGGAAGAGCUUACCCUUACCCUUACCUACCUACUGUUUUGUUUAAUAAUUUAGUUUGAAUUGAGUUUUGAUCAAGUUUAAAUUUAAUUAUAUGUUGGAUCUUAUUAUAAACUAAUUAUCUGAUUGAUGUC